AUGACAUCCGUGGCGCCAGAAAAAGACAAAUCCAAGGUGCACAAGCUGUCGCUCAAGGGCAGCGCCAAGCUUGUCGCCGAGUUUUUCCAGUAUUCGAUCCACACGAUUCUCUUCCAACGCGGCGUCUACCCCGCCGAGGACUUCACGGCCGUCAAGAAGUAUGGCCUCAACAUGCUGGUCUCGUCCGACGACCAGGUGCGCGCCUACAUCAAGAAGAUCAUGACGCAGCUCGACAAGUGGAUGGUGGGCGGCAAGGUCUCGAAGCUCGUCAUCGUCAUCACCGACAAGGACACGGGCGAGCACGUCGAGCGCUGGCAGUUUGACGUCCAAAUCCUCGCCAAACCCAAGUCCAAAUCCUCCUCCAAAUCCAAACCCUCCACCACCAGCGGCGGCGCAGACCAAGAAAACGCCCCCUCCCACGCAGACAGCGAAAACAGCCGCGCCGCCGCCGCCCCACCAGCGCCAGCAGCAGACAAGACCGAGGCGGAGAUCCAGGCCGAGAUCGCGGCCAUCUUCCGGCAGAUCACGGCGUCGGUGACCUUCCUGCCGCAGCUGCCCGGCGGCCACGGCGGCUGCACCUUCAACGUGCUCGUGUACGUCGACGACGCGGAGACGGUCGAGGUCCCCGUCGAGUGGGGCGACAGCGACGCCAAGGAGAUCGCCAACGGCGAGCGCGUCCAGCUGCGCGGCUUCAGCACCCACUGCCACCGCGUGGAUACCCUCGUGAGCUACCGGCUGGCGGACUGA